UGGUUUGUGCGAAUUGGAAACUUUUGUGAUGAAAAACGCGAUUCCGUCGAUGUUGCCGUGCAUUUCGUCCAGAAUUGGGCACUUCAUAAGUCAGGCCUUGCGAAUUUCUUGAGGCAUUGGGAGUAAAGCGAGUAGUCCAGCGAGUAUGAUGUUCCUACCUCCAGGUGGGAUGGGAUCUGUGUUCAGGGAUGCUUUGGGGCUCGUGUUAAGUGAGGAAUUAGAUCAGGUCUCAGUAAUUUCAUUAUGGUUGGGUACAAUUCUUCCAGGUGUAUGGUUUAUAGUAGUGUACUAAUUAAUCAGAUUCUGUUAUGAACUUAUGAUGCUGGCCUGCCUAGCAGUUUCCGGCGAAAGUCAAAUUCAGACUGUUGUUCUGGGACAGUGGACUUUCCAUUGGGUAUUCUUGUUAUGACUUGGUGUUAGGAACAGCUUUAUGUCUAGCUGAAGUUGCCACUGGGUUAUGGGCUGAGCUCUCAGUGAGAUGUCCACUGUUAUUACGUGUAUAACUAACCAGUUUGUGAUACUCGUAAGAUUUUGGAAGACGAUACAACUGAGCCGAGGUUCAGUGUGGCGGCUUGGUGAAAAUUGCAGUAUAAAUUCUUGCUUUCUGGCUCCUUGGCAUGUUUUGGAUUUUUAGUUUUGCACUGUGCAAAUCCUUUGAUGUUUUUUCAGCGUGGGUCGGGGCAAAUCACUCUCUUAGCAUUUUCUGCACUUGUAUAUCAAUGAAUGGCUAGGCAUAUUCACAGUGCGUUACAGAAGCUAGGAGGCUGUUAGUACUAACCCCUCAGUUUUAAGUGACAGAAAUACGUUAGCGGCGCAUUGCCCAAAGUGACAGAAGUUAGCGGCGCAUUGCCCAUUUGCCCGACAUCGCAAGCCUGCUGGACAUGAUGACUGAGGCCACAGCUAUGGAUGGAAGAAGGGGGGUUGAUCCGUGGGGUGUUUGCCCCUCCUUGGGCUUGCACGUGGGCUGACACAUGACACAUGACUCUUCUUAUAAUCAAAAACAUAGGUGAACAUGUAGCAACGCCAUCUCGAUUGCAAGAUAAAAAUGACCUAUUAGCUUCUUACCUUUCGAUCAUCUCCCUAAUAUAGAAAUGUAACUGCGUGUAUUGCGCAAAAAAAAGGGUUGAAUUUAAUGUAAGUGUGUAUUAAUGUGACUGUUUUUAGGAGUAUAUGGGUAUCGACUUGUAGCUCCACAUGUCAGCCUAUUAAAGUCUCAACCAUUAUUCCCUCACACUGCAGUCUCAACUCUCAAGUCGUCUUCUCCGCAAGGAAAGUCUUGUACUACUUUGGGCUUGCGUGUCACUGUCAGUGACCACCGAACCGACCCAACCUAGAAGAGACCGGUGCUAGGAUUCUUUUUUUGUCGGAUUCAGGUGCGGCUGCGAAAUCCUCACCGGCUGUAGAACCGCCGCCGGCCAUGGACCCUGAAGCGGUGCGGCGGACCAUCGAGCCCACCGCCUUCCCCGCGGACAUCACGGGCUCCACCCGCUACGACGCCCUCGUCGUGAGCGGCGUCCGCCUCGACGCCGCCGAGCACGGCCGCGUCCUCUUCUCCUUCGUCGUCACCCCCCGCCUCGCCAGCCCCCAAGGAUAUCUCCUCAGCGGCGUCACGGCAACGCUCGCGGACCAAUUGGGGUCAGCCGCGUUCUACAGCAGUGGGGUCGGUUUGAUCGGGGUCAGCAGCGGUGUCGGGUUGAGCGGGGUCUCUCUCGAGAUCAACGUGUCCUAUGUUGACACAGCCACCGUCGGCGAAGAAAUAGAGGUUGAGGCAAAGCUGUUGCGUGCUGGAAAAUCAGUCGGUGUUGUCUCUGUUGAUUUCAGGAAGAAAAGGACCGGGAAAUUGAUGGCUCAGGCCCGUCACACAAAGUACCUUGCUCUAUCUAGCAAAUUGUGAGACUCAUCUUCUUUUGCAAGAUAACACAUGGAUCAGCCCAACUCUUCGUUAGUGUUCUACAUUGGCAACUUCAGCCACACAAAUUACCUUUUGCCUUCAUCAAUAGGCAAGAAAGAAUGACAAGAUGUUAAUGUUUUACAUUGUUAAUGAAAAAAGACCAGCUGUCCUAUAUCAAAUUCAUGUAUCAAUGGCUAUUUUGUGAUUAGUAAUUUAGUAUAGUUCUGCUCAUUUAAUCAUUU